GAAUGAGAGAAAAAGUGAAAUGAAAAGUUUUAGAUUUCUUGUGAUGUUGAGGAUAUCAUAGCUUUGAUCACCCGGCAACUUUGAUAAGCUAACUUACACAAACAAGGAUAGCCAUGGGGCGUGGAAAGCUAGGAAAUGGAGAAGUUGUGUCUGAGCCGGAGUACCAACAGCCUGUGGGGAUCUAUGGAUGGAGGAAACGAUGCCUUUACAGUUUUAUUCUCUUUCUUAUGAUCAUAACAGUCAUCAACCUAGCACUCCUUAUAUGGAUUCUACGAGUGCUGAACUUCUCAGUGGAUGGCAUGGGUAAGAUGAGGAUUACAGAAGAUGGCAUCUUAAUGGAAGGUGAAGCUGAGUUUAUAAAGCCUCUGUAUACAUCAAACAUACAGGCACAACUUCAGGACAAACCAUUGUUUGUUGAAUCCAGCAGAGACAUUAUCAUGCAUGCAAGGGAAUGGCUUUAUACUUAUCCUGAAUGCAAAAUUCAUUUUGCUUUCUUUGAAACAUUUUAUGUCUGGUGUAAUAGAACUUUGGAGGCGCAAUGUGACAGUUUUGAGGUCAAGGAUCAGAACGGAAACACAAGAUUCAAGGUCAACAAUAGAGAAGUCAGCAUGGAGGUGGAUGAAGUUAAAUAUACAGGAUCAUCUAAGCUUGUAUUUGAAGGGUCUGUAGCCACACCCACAUUGAGAAGUCCUCCCUCAGAUCCACUCAAGAUUGAGUCGUUGGGAACAUCUAUACGAGUACAUGGAGAGACCGGUGUUAAUCUCAAGGCACCUGCUGGCAGCAUGCUGAUCAAAAGUUCAGAUGAUAUUCUGUUAGAAUCAACAGAUAAUUCGAUCUAUGUACAGUCUCGUGAUGUGUACCUGAAAAGUACCAAAGUGAGUAUACCUUCUGUGGGACGACCGUACACUGGAAGUGUUUAUCAGCUGUGUAUGUGUAUGAGUGGACGUCUGUAUCUGUCUGACCCCAGUGACGACUGCCAGGCCACAGACUCCAUUUGUCAGUAGUGACCACCACUAAGCAGUGACCAUUACAGUGGAUUUACAUGAUAGUAGUCUUAUCAGGUAGCAAAAGUACAAAAAUAUCAAACAAUCUAAAAUAAAAAAAAAAAAUUUUGGUCAGAUAUGUUUCUGUAAAUAACAACAGAAAAAUGUUCAUUACCAGUUACAUAUCCUAUGAUGGUUAGUGAUAGGUAGGAACAAGGAUGAGAUAUCCUGUGAUGGUUAGUGAUACGUAGGAACAAGGAUGAGAUAUCCUGUGAUGGUUAGUGAUACGGAGGAACAAGGAUGAGAUAUCCUGUGAUGGUUAGUGAUAGGGAGGAACAAGGAUGAGAUAUCCUGUGAUGGUUAGUGAUACGUAGGAACAAGGAUGAGAUAUCCUGUGAUGGUUAGUGAUACGUAGGAACAAGGAUGAGAUAUCCUGUGAUGGUUAGUGAUACGUAGGAACAAGGAUGAGAUAUCCUGUGAUGGUUAGUGAUACGUAGGAACAAGGAUGAGAUAUCCUGUGAUGGUUAGUGAUACGUAGGAACAAGGAUGAGAUAUCCUGUGAUGGUUAGUGAUACGUAGGAACAAGGAUGAGAAUAUUUCCCUAGCAUUAUGAUUACUUGGGAGUUAAUGACUGUGUGUAGUAACUGCAUCAAAGUUUUUAAUAAUACACAGGAUUAUGGAUAAAGAUCAAUCUAUACAAUACCAUUAACAUUGACCUCUUUUGAAAAUGUAAAUUUGACAGUUUAAAGGGUAAUUUAGGGCAAAUGUUUACCGUUAUUUGACAUGACAAACAAUACUUCAGUAAAUCAAGGCUAUGUGCAAUUUUAUUAAUGUCUCAACUAAAUUAAUUCUGUUUCAAUGCAAUAAAAACAUUUGUAGAUUACGUUACUAUGAUGUGGUUGUUUGACAAACUGUUUAUUAGUUUAGAUGCAGGGUUUACAGAUUAACACUAUCAUUCAAAAGCCAUUGAUUUUGUUGCAUAACUGAUUUAUCAUUACUCUGCCGUCUUAGAGGCAAAUUAUUAUAAAACUUCCAAAAAACAUUUUUAACCAUUUAGAGAAGAUUUUAUUAGCAGUUUUAGUUCACUCAGCACUUACACUGACUCAUACUCACCACGGCCAGUACAGAGGAUCAGACUCACCACGGCCAGUACAGAGGAUCAUACUCACCACGGCCAGUACAGAGGAUCAGACUCACCACGGCCAGUACAGAGGAUCAGAAAUCACAAAGUGGGUGAUAUUGAUGGAGUUCAAGUAUAGGUAGUAGAAACUGUAUGUUUACUUUAACAUGAAUUUUAAGAAUAGCAUCUUAUAAUCAUAGGAUAGUAGAAUUAUAACAUACAAAAUUGUAAUACUCUUUAGUAUUUUUUUCAGAAUCAUUCCAUGAGGGUUACUUCUAUAGUUAAUGAAUGGUGACUAUAUGUUUGUACAAUUCUUGUAGGAAUUUUCUGAACAAGAAGACCUCGGUAGACAUACCAUGCUAGAAUGUUUCACUUUUAAUGAAUUUUUUUAAGAUAUCAUCAGAACAUUACCCCUAGAAAAUAUAUGUAACCCUGGUAAAAACUAUCCGUAGUAUACUGCUCAGCUAGAGAGAACUUCUGUUUAGCUUGAUCCGUUGAGUGCAAGACUAGUAAGCCGGAGGUCACAGAGUCAGAUUGCAGAGGCAACAAAAUACAUUUAAUUUACAUAUAUUAGAACUCCUUUCUUUGAGCAUAUUUUAGUUAUAAAGAAUUUGUCGAAAAUAGUUAAAAGAUCUACUUCCAUACAUAUAUAUACAGGAAAUCGUUUGCCAUAUUUAUUACUAUGAAGAGACGUACAUAUAAUUAUAUACAUAUAUUCACAUUUAUGAAUAUUUUCACACCUGAAAUUUUAUUUGCAGUUGAUAUGACAAAUGAAUCUUAGAUGAUUACCAUCUUGAUAUUAUUGUUAGUUUAUAUUUUACCAUAGUGAUAUACAGUGUAGUGAUAAAUGGGGAAAAUGUUUCUACGGAUGUAUUAUACUCUGGAAAAAGAAAUACAUUGAGAAUGUACAAUAUUACUGUAUAUAUAUUUUCCAAUAGAAAGGAGGUUGCGAAAAACAUAUACACUGUAUUGGUAUACUAAGUACUUAGCCAAUUACACUUGUAAACUUGUUUUGACAGAUACUUUUGUUAGUACAAAUUACAGUCGAUAAACAUGAUAAACAAGCUUUCAUAGUCUAGUCCUUUAGAUUUUUCACUUGAACAAGUUUGGUUAAGUAUCUAAGUAUAUACUGAAAUGUGUUUUAAGUAUACAGUUACUACCCAGAGGUAUUUGUUAAAGAAGAAUUGUCUGUAAUGCCAUGUAUAUAUUUAGAUCUAGUCCUUGCUUUGAAUGUGAGUGUUAUUUGUAUAUAUUGUCUGUAUUUAUAUGACUGUGACCAAAGAUUUAUAUGUUUACUACCAUAUCAUAUAGAGAUAGAAUUGCCAUCAUGUCUGUUCUACUUUUGUCAAUCUUCACCUUGUUAGAAUGUGCUAUGUUGAACAAUUGCUUUUUUUUUGCUCUUUUUUUGUUCUUUUUUUUUUUCUGCGUUUUGAACAAAUAUACAUACUUUGAAAAUAUCAUACUUCAAUUUAUAAUGAAUUAUGGAUAUUUAUUUUGAUGAGGCAACCAUUUUCUACUGGUUAAAUCAUGUUAUAUAUAAAUUAUUUGUGAUCUACAGUUGUCAAUUCCUUUCAAACAUAAAUUUUGGUGAUGACUUUUUUAUGAAAUCAGUCCUGACACCAAUAUCCAUUAUGAUAGAUUUGAUAUUUGAUGUACAAGUUUAGUGCUAAGUCUGAUUCCUGUGCUCAGAAAAACAGAUACCUACUCCUAUACCUGUUCACACAGACUUAAACUCUCUAAGUCUGACCUACUCCUAUACCUGUUCACACAGACUUAAACUCUCCAAGUCUGUCAAACAAAAACAUAUACCUACUCCUAUACCUGUUCACACAGACUUAAACUCUCCAAGUCUGUCAAACAAAAACAUAUACCUACUCCUAUACCUGUUCACACAGACUUAAACUCUCUAAGUCUGUCCUACUCCUAUACCUGUUCACACAGACUUAAACUCUCUAAGUCUGUCCUACUCCUAUACCUGUUCACACAGACUUAAACUCUCUAAGUCUGACCUACUCCUAUACCUGUUCACACAGACUUAAACUCUCUAAGUCUGUCCUACUCCUAUACCUGUUCACACAGACUUAAACUCUCUAAGUCUGUCCUACUCCUAUACCUGUUCACACAGACUUAAACUCUCUAAGUCUGUCCUACUCCUAUACCUGUUCACACAGACUUUUAACUCUCCAAGUCUGUCAAACAAAAACAUAUACAUAUUCUUCAUGUGUGUUUAAAGGAAAUAUUUCAGAUCAAAAUUUCCGGUAAUUGACAUUUUUAGUGUAUUUGCUGUUAUAAUACUAGAUACAAAUGAAGGCCAUAUUAAAGAAGACUGCGUAAUAAGUCUGUCACCCUAUAGGUAAGUUACAGGGAUCUGUACCUGUUCAGUUGUAAAACUUUUCAGUUGUACAUGUGUUACAUGUUAUUCAUAACUUUUUCUCUUCAAAUCAAAGUUCAACAAAGACCAUAAUCUGAUUUUAGUAGUGUAUACCACCGUAGAUCAGCAAUUAUCAUUUUAUGUUAAAGUUCUACUCAUGAACAUUUCCUGCUUGCAAAGUAUUUUUUAAAAUUUUACGUGUUUUUUCAACAUUGAACUUUCAAAUAUUAGAAAACAUGUACAUAAAAAAACUGUAUUAUAAAUUGUCAUACACACUUCUCAACAAAAUACUGCAUAAUUUAUUUUUCAUUAUACUGGAUUAGCAUAUUGGGGUCAAAUCUACUACAGUACCUGUAAGUAAAUCAGCUGUGGUAUAGAAAGAUGGGAAAUGUUUAUAAAGGGAGAUAAACAAUGUUGUUUUGACUCUACUAAGGUGAUGUAGUGCAUGUAUGAUGAACUAUGUAAAGAAGGUAUUCUGUAAGCAGCUAAUAUUGACACUCUGAUUCAGGAAUACAUACACUCAUUGGGGAAAUUAAAAUGUUGAACAUCAGACAGAUAGGGAAAUGUGUCAUUGUGAAUUAUUAAUAGCAGAAUAUUAAAUGAAAGUCAGGAAUCAUUUUGAUUAUAUAUAUGUACAUCCUACAUAGGUGUCAUAUGUCGACUGAAUUAUGGAUUUAAUUGAUGGUCAUGUAUGAUAUUGGAAGGAUUGAUCAUGUGAAAUCUUGCCAUUUCUGAUCAGGGGAGGUAAUUGAGCCUAGAAAAAUAUCCUGUUUCUGCUUUCUUACAAAGAAUUUAGUUGUGUUGUUUGAUCCAAUCCAUACAAGAACUAACUAGAUUUGAAGUGUGUUUGAUAACAUCUAUCUGGUUUUUUUCCGGUCUUUGUUGAACAGUAUAGGGCAAUAUAUUGUGCAAUCUGCCAUAACAUUAAAAGAUGUCUUCAUAAAACAUUGAAAGCUAGGAAACAUGAUCGUUAUAUCUCAAAAUUCAGUCAUCAGGGAAUACGUCGGUCAGGGUACAGGGUAAUACUAGCUAUUCAGGACUAUUCAUGGAAAUUCAUUUUUGUUUCAUGUUUUAGUUAUGUUAUUGGUAGUGGGGAAGAUACAAAUGUCUUCCAGGAUAAACUGGAUAUGGAUUUGAUGCCGGAUAUAUUAGGCAUCAGUGCUCUUCACUUGUAUAUAUAUAUAUAUAUAUAAAUCUAUAGCAUGGUCACUAGAAUCAGAAGACAAGUGCCUUGUAUUACAUUAUAACUGUGCCAAAAUUGUUUUGUCCCAAGGGGACAAUGAAGUUAUGUACCUGUAAAUCCUUACAACAAUAUGAUGUUUGUCCGCAAUGUUUGUCAUUUAUAAUUGUUUUAGCUUUCAUAUGAGGAUAGUUUGAUACAUAAAGAUGUUACAUCGCCGACAGAGUAUGAUAUCAAUGUUUUAGAAAUGUGUCUAAACAACAAAAACAAACAGAAAAAAAAGUAACACUUACCUAAAUAUGAAACAGAAACUGAAAUAAAAAAAUUUGAGGCAGAGCAGGAUAGAAUUUCUAAGAAUGCAAUUUUUUAUUCAUUAGAUAAAAAAAGAAAGUUAGAAAUUUUGGAGAAGGAUGAUAGCAUGAAGUAUGUAACUUUUGAUAUUGUAAAAAAAAGUACAAACAACCUAUCCUUGCUAGCAAUCGAUCACAAUUACUCUCUGUUGAGAUGUAACAUGUUUAAUUAAUUAUAAGCUGGCUGAACUCUGUUGAGAUGUAACCUGUUUAAUUAAUUACAAGCUGUCUUUCAGCCAGUUUUCUGUUCCCUAUUUAGCCUAAUCUAUUAUUGGUAUACAAGUAAAAUCAUGGAAAUGAAUCAUUGAGAUAGGUUUGUUUGUGUGUUGAUGCGUGUUCAGUCAAGUACCUGUAAUUCUGAGUAAAGUUAGGAGAAUUGUUUACAAUGUUAUACAGGAUAUAAACACUCAAACUGAUACCGGUAGACCAUUAUUGAUAGGCAUUGUUCAGGAAGUAGAAACCAUGAUAUUCCAUUUGAUGCUUAAGUAAUAUCUCAAAUAUAAUACAGAGACCUGGUAUACAUCACAGGAACCUAGUAAAAUUUAACAAAGAGAGCAUUUCAGACAGCACGGGGGCCUGGUAAAACUGAUAAUAAAGGGGACAUUUCAGACAGCACUGGGGCCUGGCUUAUAACUGACAACAGAGGGGACAUCUUAAACAGCACAGAUGACUGGUAUAACUGAUAACAAGGAGCAAAUCUCAAACAGCAUAAACUGGUAUAACUGAUAAUAGAUGAUGCAUCUCAGCACAGGGGCGAAAUAUAACUGAUAAGAAAGGGGGCACCACAUGGGCCUGGUAUAACUGAACACAAAGGGGACGUCUUGGACAGCACAGGGGCUUAAUAUAACUGUUAACAAAGGAGACAGCACAGGGACCUGGUAUAACUGAACACAAAGGGGACGUCUUGGACAGCACAGGGGCUUGAUAUAACAAAGGGGACAGCACAGGGACCUGACAAUUGAUAACAAAUGAUACAUCUCAGCCAGCGCAAGGACCUGACAUAACUGAUAACAAGGAGCACAUCUUAAACAACACGGAUGACUGGUAUAACUGAUAACAAGGAGCAAAUCUCAAACAGCACAGGGGUCUGACGUUACAUAUAACAAUUAGGACAUCUCAGACAUCACAAGGUAACAAAUCACAGAUCUCAGAGACAAAAAUACGUCACAGACAGCUGAGAGAUGUAUUUAAACAGCACAGGGACCCAACAUAACUGAUUACAAAGGGGAUAUCUCAAAUUGCACAGGGACCUGACAUCACUGACAGAGGGGCAUGCAAAUUUGGUUUGGUAUAAAAAAAAUGUGUCAAUAAACAAAGGAUCUGUGUUUUGGAUUUUUAAAAAUGUGCGUAAAGUCUAUCAGGUCAGUGUAGCACAAGAGGAAUCUUAUUACUGAGGAAAUCUUCAAGAGAUAUGCAACACAAGCUGAACCUAUAGGACAGUUUCUGAUAACACUGUCUAUAACAAGUGUCACUACACUAAAGUACAUGUAAUGUCCUUACCAUAUGGCAUCAAGUCUUCACACUAACCUGGAGGGAGUAUUGAUUUUUAAUUAGUAGUAACAUUGUGUGACUUGGUUCCAGAACAAAGAUUUAUGUACAUGUUUGUUAGGUUGCAGUACUGAUAAUGCAAUUUAAUCCUCUUUAUCAACAUGAAAGGUGAUUAUACAGCAAAUAAAAGCUAAACUGUACAGACAUGCAUUGGUCUUACAGGAGAACAGUGCACAUCAAUCUUCAUUACCUUGAGUCACAUAUAUACCAAAUGUACAUAACUAUAGAUACAAAAGAAGCAAACGAUGAAAUAAAAAUAAAAAUAUUUUAGUAAUAUCUUGUAUGCAUUGUUAUAAUAUCUAACUUAAAGACAUGGAAAAAGAUAUCUGCGACCUGGUGGCACAUACCUUCAGGCUUAUAGACAUAAAAAGAGAUAUUUGUCUCGUGUCAAAUUGCCAAGCUUAAGCUAGUUUCCAUGGCUAGUUUCUAUGACUCUCCCAAUGUAGCAACAAUACUUUUAUUGCUUGAUGGACUGGGACAAUCCUUGUAUGUAAAUGUCCUGCUCAGGAACACAGCUGAUUUCAGAUUCUACAUGUAUUAGGCCAUUUAAAUCUAUGGCUUGCCAGCAAUUUCUCAUUGAAAUAAGUCAGAAAUACUUCAUGAACAUCAAACUACCCACUGAUUCCCCAUCUCUCCAAAAUAUUGUAUUUAUAAAGAAGAAACUACUUCAUUAUUUUUAAUCUCCAAAGAAGUGUUUGUUCUGUGUGAUGUAAUUGUAUGUAGAAACUAUUUAGACGAUGCAGAAUAAAUAUGUUUAUGGGUAUGUUGGUUCUAAUUAGACAAUGCAGAAUAAAUAUGUUUAUGGGUAUGUAAGUUUUAAUUAGAUGAUGAAGUAUAAAUAUGUUUACCAUGUUGGUUCUAAUUAGUCGAUACAGUAUAAAUAUGUUUAUCAUGUGUUAAAGCACUGUAGAAUUCAGUAACUAUACAUUUAAUGCUUUGAAGAUUAUGCCAUUGGAUGCCUUACUAUAUCUUGUUUAAUCAACAUGUACACCCAGACACUUUAUCACUCACUCCCUAGAAGAAGAUUUUAUUUUUUAUAUUGUGUAUCUACCUCGGUUGGAAUUUAAUCGGUGCUAUGAGAUAUGCUAACAGAUAUUAGUAUUAAUAAAUAUAACUAGUGUAAUUUUAAUGCAGUUAGCUUUAUCAGUUUAUAUGACACUGUAUUUCUUUGUCUGUAUCUCGGUUACCUGACACUGUAUUUCUUUGUCUGUAUCUCGGUUACCUGACACUGUAUUUCUUUGUCUGUAUCUCGGUUACCUGACACUGUAUUUCUUUGUCUGUUGCUUGGUUACCUGACACUCUAUUUCUUUGUCUGUUGCUUGGUUACCUGACACUCUAUUUCUUUGUCUGUAUCUCGGUUACCUGACACUCUAUUUCUUUGUCUGUAUCUCGGUUACCUGACACUGUAUUUCUUUGUCUGUAUCUCAGUUACCUGACACUGUAUUUCUUUGUCUGUAUCUCGGUUACCUGACACUGUAUUUCUUUGUCUGUAUCUCAGUUACCUGACACUGUAUUUCUUUGUCUGUAUCUCGGUUACCUGACACUGUAUUUCUUUGUCUGUAUCUCCGUUACCGGACACUGUAUUUCUUUGUCUGUAUCUCCGUUACCUGUAUUUCUUUGUCUGUAGCUCGGUUACCUGUACCAUAAUUCUUUGGAAUAAUAAUGCAUUAUGAUGAGUUAUAGAACUAUAUUAUAUGCAGCCAUAUAAUUACAUUAUGAAGAUAUUUUAUGUACAAUGAUGGUGCUUUUUUAAUUUGUUUAUCAUUUGAAAUUUUAAUAAUUUAGAUUAAUUUUUAAAACAAAAAUUGUUUUCUACAAUAAAACUCAAAAGUUGAUAUUUCCUUGACUGUUGGAUAUCUUUUUCUAUGAUAACAAAAUCUUUAAGGAAAAAUGUUUUAUUUUUUGUCACUAAAGCCUCUGUAUCAUCAAGUUUUCAACUAUUUUUUAAUUAGAAAAUAAUAUAAAGCAACCAAUAAACAUACUGUAUCACCAGUUAUUUUUCAUGGGAUGAUAUUUCUGCUAUAUCACAGGCCUGUUGACGUAAAAAUUUGAUCCUUGAUAUGAUACAGCACAGGUAAAUAUUAUCAGCAAAAUAAAUUGAGGUAAGACUGUUGAUAUGGUAUAUGGUCAUUAGCCGACUCGGCUGCCCUCAAUCAUCCGAGGUUGUUUUGACAAACAUAAAUGUUCAGAACAGAUUAUGUGCUACAUGAUAGAUAGAUGUUACAUGGUAUAACAAACAUAACAUGGUUAUAGAGAAGAUUUACGCAUAAAUAAACUUUGUAUUAAACAGUUUGAAAUUUGACAUCCGGAGCGAUAUUCAUGAAAAUUAGAAAUGCUUUUGUGGCCAGAUAAUGUUUGCUAAAAUUGGAUUCUGUCAUGUUAAUGAAAAUUGCAUUUAUUUUUUUUACCUGCGAAAAUGAAUUUGCCAUGGUUAAUGAGAAGCAGAAACUCACUAACAUCCAAUCCAUUCUCUCCGUGGUUUAAAUUAGAACAAAAUAAAUAGAAACUCUACGACACUAACAUACAAUUCUUUCUCUUCAUUGUUAAUUGGAAAACAAAGAGAAACUCGUUAACAUACAAUUCUUUCCCUCCAUUGUUAAUGGGAAAACAAAGGAACUCGUUAACAUACAACUCUUUCUCUCCAUUGUUAAUGAGAAAACAAAGGAACUCAUUAACAUACAACUCUUUCCCUCCAUUGUUAAUGAGAAAACAAAGGAACUCAUUAACAUACAAUUCUUUCCCUCCAUUGUUAAUGAGAAAACAAAGGAACUCAUUAACUUACAACUCUUUCCCUCCAUUGUUAAUGAGAAAACAAAGGAACUCAUUAACAUACAAAUCUUUCUCUCCAUUGUUAAUUAGAAAACAAAGGAACUCAUUAACAUACAACUCUUUCCCUCCAUUGUUAAUGAGAAAACAAAGGAACUCAUUAACAUACAGCUCUUUCUCUCCAUUGUUAAUGAGAAAACAAAGAGAAACUCAUUAACAUACAACUCUUUCCCUCCUUUGUUAAUGAGAAAACAAAGGAACUCAUUAACAUACAGCUCUUUCUCUCCAUUGUUAAUGAGAAAACAAAGAGAAACUCAUUAACAUACAACUCUUUCCCUCCAUUGUUAAGGAGAAAACAAAGGAACUCAUUAACAUACAACUCUUUCCCUCCAUUGUUAAUGAGAAAUAAAAACAGAGCAGCCUAUCAACCUUCUAUGUGUAGGAAACUUCACUAACCACUUAGUGUAGGGGUUUUUGUGUCAGUGUGACAAUAUGUUUCCUUCAGCUGGUAACUAAGUAUGCCAAUCAAUAUCUCUUAGUAACAGCUUCUAUAUGCCAGAUGUUACAGCCACAUGUGCUAGUGUUUUCCUGUGAAAUUCAAGUUUUACUUUGCGUAAUGUCACUCAGUCAAUAUUCAGUAGUUGGUACAUUUAAAUGUAGCUUUCAUAUAAUUUACAAAACGGUACGUCUCAUUAGACAAUAGACAACCUGUAUAUGUUUUGUAAAUUAGUUUAAAUUUUUUCUUGUUUAAAAAAAAAAGGUUUAUCUUUGAUCCAACGGUGGGAGAUGAAGAGACAAGAAUUCCUGGAUCAAUAUUUACAUAUCACCUGUUCUAAUUGAAGCCUUGAGGAAGGUGUUAAUUGAUGUCAGCGCAGUAGGGGUUAUUAAUGUACAGUGUUGUGUAAAACCAUUGAUUUAUCACAGGUUUCACAGAACCUGACUUAUCAACUGAGAAACAGACCAGUAUUUUGUAGGUUACUCGGAUUUAAAGGUUACGAAAUAAAAUGAAAACUCUCAUCUCUGGAAAGUUUGGUUGUGAAAUACUAUAUUUUUAUCCCCCACUAUUAAGUUGCUGUAGGCAUUUAUCAUUUAACCUGUUCAUCUCUUAUUUGGUCUGUCCAUCACACUUUGUGUGUAUGUGAUUCUGUCCGUCCGUGAUAACCUUUUGUACACAAUAUAAUUAUAUCUCUUAUAAGUGAUUUUGUGCAUUGUGGCCUCCAUUGUCUGUCUGGCAUCAACUUGUCCUAUAAAUAAGUCUUCAAAAGCAAGAGGACUAGAGUGAUGCUGUUUAGUUAGUAGACUAAUGGGAAGAGGGACUAUCAAGAACUUCUUAUUGUAACAAAUAUCUAAUGCUUUAACACUUUAAUGGAAUUACCAUUGUUACCAACCUCUUCUGAACUAUGGUCAUAUUUGACUUGUAAUAUUCUGGUAUGACGGGAUUGAUAUAAUCUUCCUUAGUUAGGGAAUCUCAAACCCAAGGGAUGAUAUUCUUGCCUUAAAAUCAUUGAAUUGUUGCCUUAUGUCAUUGUAUUGUUGCAAGAAUGUGUGAUCUGUCAUACUCUAGGGUUUGACAUAUCACACCCUAUGGGGCGACAGAGAAAUCCUAACAAACGAAACCGGAGACAAAUCUGUGAAAAAUGGGAGAAAAUAGGAUCAAAAUGAAGGAUCAAUAAAUGAUUUAACUCCCAAAAAAUAUUAUAAAGUUUUAGAAUAAUUACUGAUACUUCAAAAGAAUAAUAAGAAGAUAAUUAAUAAUGCAAGCUGCUGACAAAGAUCUGGAUUGAUUUGAGUUUACCGACAUUGAAGUCCACAAGAGUUAGAUGAAUGAUACAAGCCCAAGGGGCCUUUUGUUGAAUUUAACUCUAAACAUGCCGUCAGUAUAUGUUAUUAUGGGUAAUUAGUUCAAGCAUUAUGAUUGGCUAGGAGAAGAUUUGUAUCCUGUUUUAGGUCAAAGUUUCUUUUGUUACUGAUUUGGUUGUAUCUCCAGGCUUGUUUUCCCGACAUAUCUUAAUUGACAUCUUCCAUUAGACAUUUGUGUCUCAGUAUGUUGCUCUCGCCGUUGUUUUACACAGAGAUCCACCUGUGGUAGUGCUGGUUGUGACAUUCACUCUUAAUGAAUUUUAUAUCUUACAUCUCUGUAACAUAAAUGGCAUCAUCAGGUGUUCUGUGGCCUGAGGUUUAAGAGUUGUAUUUAUACCGAUCCACAGUACUAGUUCAUAACCAUAUAGUAUGAUAUACCACAAUCAUCCUGAUAGCUGUACAGUAAAGUGUUACUUAUUUUAUGGUACAAAAUUUGAGCCUCUUACAAAUUUUAAAUGCUUGUUCUAGUCAAUAUAUGAUCUGCCUCCAGUUACAGUUUGAAAAGUAGCAAUUUUCCAUUAACAUACUGUACAUGGUAACGCUACUGUACAUGGUAACGCUACUGUACUUGGUAACGCUACUGUACAUGGUAACGCUACUGUACAUGGUAACGCUACUGUACAUGGUAACGCUACAGUACAUGGUAACGCUACAGUACAUGGUAAUGCUACUGUACAUGGUAACGCUAUUGGCUAAUUAACAUCAUUUAUUGACUGGUGUUCUAUUGUGACAACACUAAGGCUUCAGACUUUAAAUUAUAUUGUGAUAUCACAAAAGGGAAUGGCUUAGAUUUUAAAUUAUCACCAUGUAUGUUAGGUUGCCCUUAGAAAGUGUUCUUUUCACAAAUACUUACAACAAUAUCAGGGUAGAAUUUAAGCUUACUUCAUUUUACAACAAUUACGAACAAUUUAUACCAACUUAUUAACGUAUUAAUCCCUCUUUUUGGCCCUGAUGGACGUGUACGAGAGGUGUUAGUGUGGUAGGAGUAUCUGGAGAAAACCAAUGUGGUCAGGCAGGUGACCCCAUACCUUUUCAUGUGUGAUUGGGGAAUUGAGCCCCUACAUGAAAGGUGAGCAUGUUACCACUGUCCCAGGCGGCCACUCUAAAAAUAUCAGGGUAAUGGUAAUGUGAUGAAUGGAUUAUUAAAUUUAUUACCAGUCUCAAUGAGAUGAAUGAAGUUUGAUAUGAAAACUUUUGUUGUUCCUCUAUGCUCAUAUUUUAAGUGAAAAGAAAAACAAAUUACACGCAUUAAAUAGCAAGACAGCAGAUAUAUAAGCAUCCUAACAUCAAACAACCUCCUUUUUUCAGGAUUGUGAAUAUAUUUUUGAUUCACCAGAAUGAUUGAAUGGGAUAUAUGCUUAGGACUUGUAUAUAUCCAAUGAUCCAUUGAAAGAUGUCUCAUAAGAUUUUUCAAUUUAUUAUACGUGUACUUGCAAAAUAUACAUUUUUGUUAAUUUUAAUCUCCAUAAAUUUACAAAGGGAAAAUAUAUAAAAAAAAAAAUUAAACAUUAGGGAAUAUUUGUAUUAUCAUUUAUUUGAAUUGAUGAUGAAAUUUCAUUGAACUGUAUGCAAAUAUCUUUUUUUUAAAUGAUGAAGUACAAAAGACAUUUUUUUUUUUAACAUUGAAAUGCAAACAGGAGAAAACAUUGUUUUAAUUUGUAGCUAUUCUCUGUGUUUUGUAUCUCUUGUAACCUUAAAUACAUUUACUCAGUUUACCCAACUUUGUAGGAAUUUUUACAUGUCAUAUACAUCAUCUUGUUGAUUUUCUAGUUAUUGUAUGUUUUAUUGUAAUAGCAUGUAUCAAUUUUAAUUAGAAAUAAAUGUAUGUGAACCCAGAA